GAUAAUGAUGUAAUGUGUUUUAUGCUAAUGUGCAGGCUUUUUGCCAAACAAUCCAUUUAAGAAAUUUUGUUUACAAGUGUGUGGAAAGACAAGAACAGAACAUUUUAUAUUUAAGAGAAAAAAGGUGACUAAACAAAUGAUGGGAAAAUCUGUCUCUGCCCUCAAGGGUCUCUCUCUGUCUCUCUCACCCCCACAUUUUGCUCUCAUGACCAUGGACGUAUCCGGCCCCCACAGUGCAGCCCCCCGCUGUAGGUCCCUGGCGUAGUUGUAGGACUAUGGGAGAGGUAUAAGAGGGGCGUAGAGGAAAUGCACCGGGCACUCUGUCAUGACCGAGAGUCAGGACGGAUCUCUUAAAGCCAUACGCUAAAUUUUGAAACUGACGGAGCAGCUUGGAUGUCACAUUCACUAAAGCGUCUUUCCAGCUACUAACCCACCAGUGAUGUCAAUGAGAGCAUUUCAUGUGUUCAGCUUAGCACAUUAGGAUUCUCUGUCAAUGGCUCCUUUAGCGAUGCAUCUCUUUAGGCUGUGAAACUAAGGGUGUGUUUGUCAAAUCUACAAAAUGGACAACAUUACUGCUGACCCUAACGUGGGACUCAAGCUCAAGUGUAACAUGACCGGGAUCCACGAAUUCAUCCUCAAGUUCAUCCCCGUAGUCUACAGCGCCAACUUUAUUAUCGGAAUUGUAGGAAACAGCCUGGUAGUCGCUGUUAUCUGCUUCUGUUUGAAACUGAAGACUGUUGCCAACAUAUUUGUUUUGAACUUAGCCGUGUCAGACUUGACUUUCCUCCUCACCCUGCCCAUUUGGGCCAUAUACACCGCAUCAGGCUACCAGUGGCUUUUCGGAGACUUCCUAUGUAAAGCAAUCGCUGGUAUGGUUCUCCUUAAUCUAUAUACUAGUAUUUUUCUCCUCACUGCUCUCAGCAUUGACCGGUAUCUGGCGAUCGUUCAUCCUGUCCAGUCCCGGCGGUGCCGCACGGUGGUCUACGCCCGUGUGACGUGUGUCUUGGUUUGGGUAGUUGCUUUUCUUCUAAGCCUGCCCACAGCCCUUAUCCGUGGGACCCACUUUAUCCAGAAUAACAAUGUCACUGUAUGUGCCAUCCUAGACAGUAAAGAUAUUCCCAAUGUGCUGGCAGCUCUCAGUCUGAUUAAGAGUGUUCUUGGAUUCCUUCUGCCUAUCACCAUCAUCCUCACGUGCUACUGCCUGAUCGGUCAGGCUCUGCUAAAAGCACGGGACAUUCAGAGUAAUUCGAGAUCGAAUGGGGACGAGGUCUUGAGGAUGCUGGCCGCCGCUGUGCUGUCGUUUUUCCUUUGCUGGACACCUCAUCAGAUCUUCAACUUCAUGGACAUGCUUCUUCGGCUGAAAGUGAUCACCAACUGCGAUGUCAUUGAGAUCAUUGACACCGGAAUGCCGUUCACCAUUUGCAUUGCCUUUUUCAACAGCUGUAUGAACCCAAUCCUGUAUGGAUUUGUUGGGAGGAACUUUCGCAAACUGCUGAAGCUGUUGAGGUGUUCCUCGACUUCUGUGGCCUCUCACCCCACCCUCAGUAGCAAGAUGAGCUCUCUCUCUUAUCGAGCCUCAGAGUCUUUCCACCUCUCCGUGAUUAAAACACCCUCACUACCUCAGCCAUAUGAGAAAAUCUCCAGUGAAUCAUCCUUCUUAAACUGAUUGAUUCAAUUCAGAAGAUAUUGUGUUGUCACUUGAUACUGGAAUGGGAACAAAAUAUAGUGAUUAAUCGUUCUGUCUUUUAGGGUAUAGUGUUAUUUUUGACAUGCUGGUCUAUGUAAAUUUUGUCCUACAACAUUGUCGAAAUAUUUUUAUGACCAUCUUUUCACCUUGCCACCAAAGGGACCAAAACAUGCUGAAUCUGUAUAUAUAUAUAUAUAUAUUUUUUUUUUUUUUCCAUCCAUCAAAGCUAAAAAAGUGUCAUUUUAAAUAACUAUAUUUCAACAAUGUCUAGAUCUAUUGAUUACUCCAGGGGUUUUUAAAGUUUUUUUAUGCCAUACACCCCCAAAAUAUGAUCAUCCCUUUUCUAAAACAGAUCAAAUUCAUGUACAGUAUAAAGACCCAUGUAUAAUAAUAACAUAAAUAAAAUAUGAUUAUGUAUUAAAUCUGGACAUUUUACUUAAGUUUCUAUUAGCUGUAUUUUUUUCCCCCCACAAGGAUUAUAUAUUGUAACAGCAAUAGUUUUAUGUUUCUAAUCUAAUUCUCUAUAAAAACUAAAUUCAUCUAAUGACUUUAGACCGGUGUUUGGAAACCAUAAUAAUGCAAAAUUCUGUUAUUUUAUUUAUUUAUAUUAUUUACACCACUUUUCUAGUCUAAACUUUUCCACAAUCUUCCCAGCACUCAUUUGUGGCCCCCCUGGGGGUCUCUGGGCCCCAGUUCGAAAAUCU